CAGCUCUUUAUCCUCGAUCAUCACGACACCAUCAUGCCAUUUGUAAGACGAAUCAAUGCCACCGAUCGAAAGGUCUACGCCACCCGAACGCUGCUCUUCCUCAACAAUGACAGCACCCUGAAACCCCUCGCUAUUGAGCUUAGCCUCCCCCAUCCAGGUGGCGAUACUUUUGGCGCCAUAAGCACUGUAUACACGCCCAUGACUUCCGGUGUUGAAGGCUCAAUUUGGUCGCUUGCCAAAGCCUAUGUCAUCAUCAAUGACUCCUGCGUUCAUCAGCUUAUUAGCCACUGGCUGCGCACUCACGCAGUGAUGGAACCCUUCGUGAUCGCCACAAACCGCCACCUGAGCGCGAUGCACCCCAUCAGUAAGCUCCUUUUGCCACACUACCGCGACACCAUGAACAUAAACGCUCUCGCUCGACAAAGCCUCAUCAAUGCCGGCGGCCUACUCGAGUUCAUCAUUUUUCCUUCCAAGUACACUAUGGAAAUGUCCUCCUCUGUUUACAAAAGCUGGAAUUUUGUCGAGCAGGGCCUUCCAUCCGAUCUCCUCAAGCGAGGAAUGGUUGUUGCAGCGCCUCCAUUGUUGAAGUUCUGCGAUGGACGUCUCUGGUGGUUCUUGGACGGUGCCGUUGACAAAACCUUCUUUGUUUUUGAUGUUGAGAGCCAUCAACAUGGCACGACUCCAAGAAUUGUAGUUUUCUCCAUUCAGCGGUUGCGUAACAAGCACGAGACCAGGUUGAUCUGA